AGGAAACCGCAACAAAAACAACAACAAUAAAACACAAUUUCGGAUAUCCCCAUACAACAACAACAACUAUAAAUACAAUUCGUUCGAAUUGUUUGGAUAUUAACUACACACCAAAACAAAACAGCAAAUUAUUGAAAAAUACAAAAUAAAACAAGAAAAUUCUCGCUGUUUGGCAGAGCAGAGCGACGACCCGACCAAUAAAACCAACUACCAACAACUGAAAGAUAUAAACUAUACACCAAAUAAUUAAAUCAACAAUAACAUUGCAGCUGCAAACAUAGAAAUUGGCCAGCAAAAUGCCAACUGAACUGAAUGCAAAACAGCAGCAGAAAUAUUAAAAACUGACAUCUGGAGGAGCCGCGCCAAGACACCGGCAAGUGGUGUUGACAACAAUUUGCUGAGCAUGCAACGGAAACAAAAGCCAACAGCAGCCGUCGAAGAAGCAGCAGCAGCAGCAGCAAUAGCAGCAGCAGCAAUAGCCGUCAAAAGAUUGAAGCAGAUCCGCAGCAAUUGUAGCAGGAAAAGGAACAGCCGUAGCAGAAGCAGAAGCGGUAGCAGUAGCAGAAGCAGUAGCAGUAGCAGAAGCAAUUGGGGGAGCAGAGGUUGCUGCACACGCAACACACGCAGAAGGAGCUGCGAUCGAGCAGUGCAUCGUUGGCUGCUUUGAGCAGCGGGGCGUACAAAACAGGACGCGAGAGCAGGACGAGACGGCCCCGGGCGUGUGUGCGUUGUGGUGUGUGUGCGUCGGCCGUCUCAGUCAACUUGAGGAGAGCAACAAUAACAAUAGCAGCACAAUAAGCUGAUUGAUUUGAUUCAUUAAACAAGCAGCAGCAGCAUCAGCAGCAAAAACAUAAGAAUAACAAUGUCAUCCAACGAACCACCGCCACGUUAUGAGCCCGCUGUGGAGCCCAUCAAUGGUAUUGUACAGCCACCGGUUGUGCCGCCGCAGGAGCGACCGGGACGCAAUACAAAUCAAUUGCAAUAUUUGAUUAAAACCGUGAUGAAGGUCAUAUGGAAGCAUCAUUUCUCUUGGCCAUUUCAACAGCCCGUCGAUGCCAAGAAACUGAACCUGCCCGACUAUCAUAAGAUUAUCAAACAGCCAAUGGACAUGGGUACGAUCAAGAAGCGUUUGGAGAACAAUUACUAUUGGUCGGCCAAGGAGGCCAUACACGAUUUUAAUACAAUGUUCACCAAUUGUUAUGUAUACAAUAAGCCCGGCGAGGAUGUUGUUGUUAUGGCCCAAACGCUUGAAAAGGUAUUUCUACAGAAGAUCGAAUCGAUGCCCAAGGAAGAGCUCGAACUGGAGCCGGUUACGGCAAAGGGUGGCAAAAAGAAACAACGCGCACCGACCACACCCAAAGCGACCAGCAGCAGCAGCGCCGGCGCCGGUAUUGGCAGCAGCAAUGCGACAACAGCCUCAGCGACAAGUACACCAACAGCUGGCGGCAAGGCGGCACAAUCCUCACAGCUGCCAACAAACAUGGGCCUGCCACAAUCAGCGUCAGCGGUAUCAACGCCAACAUCAGCAGCAGCCCAAGCACAAGCAGCAGCAGCAGCAGCAGCGGCGGCAGCAGCCGCAGCAGCAGCAGCAGCGGCAGCAAACGCCCGACCAGUUUCCGCCAUGGGCGGUACGGUUUCAUCAACGGCCGGCGGAGGCGUUACACCGUCCAUACCACCGAUUAGCACAAUGCCGCCGCAUACGGUGCCGGGCAGCACGAAUACAACGACCACUGCAAUGGCAGCGGCAGCGGCAGCGGCGGCGGCGGGUGGUGGGCCCGGCGCAACAAAUGCGGCUGCACUAAAUGCGGCAAUGGCCAGCCUUUUAAAUCCUGCGCAGAGCGGCGCCGCCAGCUAUGGUGUUGGCGGCCAACAGACCUCGCUCAACAACAGCUCCCUGCUCGACGGCAAUGCGGCGGCAGCGGCGGUUGCCCAAGCCCAAGCGGCAGCAGCCGCCGCUGUCGCAGCUGCCGCCCUAGAUGGCACCGGCGGCGGCGGCGGCGGCGUAACAAUACCAACGGCUGCCGUUAACGCCGCCAAUGCGGUCCAGGCCUAUGUGAACAGCACGGCGGGCGUUGGAGUCGGUGUUGUCGAUGCUGUCAUACCACCACAGCAGCCGGCCAAAAUGAAGAAGGGCGUCAAACGGAAGGCGGACACGACAACGCCAACGGCGAACGCAUUCGAAUCGCCCUACGCCCAAAUGGACUCCAAAGCGGCCAAAAUAGCGACGCGGCGGGAAUCGAAUCGUCAGGUAAUUGGCAAAAAGGAUCUUACAUUCCAGGGCUCGGGCUAUCCAAUGUCACCAUUGGGUGUCGCUGGUGUGCCUGGUCUGGUUGCCGGCGGCGCCGUUGGUGGCGUACCGGGUGCCAAGUCCAAGGAGAAACUAUCGGAUGCACUAAAGUCAUGCAAUGAGAUACUCAAGGAGCUGUUCUCAAAGAAGCACUCCGGCUAUGCCUGGCCCUUCUACAAACCGGUGGACGCUGAACUGUUGGGCCUGCACGACUAUCACGAUAUCAUUAAGAAGCCAAUGGAUCUGGGCACCGUUAAGCGUAAAAUGGACAAUCGCGAAUAUAAGAGCGCGCCGGAAUUUGCGGCCGAUGUUCGAUUAAUAUUCACCAACUGCUACAAAUACAAUCCGCCAGAUCAUGAUGUUGUUGCCAUGGGACGUAAGCUUCAGGAUGUCUUCGAGAUGCGCUACGCGAAUAUACCCGACGAGCCCGUUGCGAAUGCGGCCCAUCAUCAUCAUCAUGGAUAUUCGAGUACAUCCAAGCACGAUGCAAGCGAUUCAUCUAGCGAGGAUUCCAGCGAUACCGAAAACGAGUCCAAUUCGGAUGAGGAGCGCAGCGCCAAGCUUAAAAUGCUCGAAUCAAAGCUGUUGGGCCUCCAGGAGGAGAUACGCAAGCUCGUCGAGGAGGCGUCCGCCAAAAAGAAGGCCAAGAAAAAACUCAAAGAAAAGAAAAAGUCACUCGGACCGAGCAGCGGCAGCGGUGCCGGCGGCGGUUCCGGUGGCGGUGGCGGCGGCGGCGGCGGCGGCGGUGCCCAUCAUCAGCAGCACGCGCCCAGCGCCAGCAAUGCCACACACGGCGGCGUCACAUUGCCCGCCAAUGUGGCCGCACUCAAUGCUGGCGGCGCAGCCAGCGCCAAUUUGUCGGCGCUGUUGAGCGGCUCGCUGGUGGGCGCCGGUGCUGCCGGCGUCGCUGGCGGCGUGCCCGGCGCGGCGAUGCUACAGCAUGUCCACGACAUGGCGAUGAGGCAGCUAACGGACAGCGGAGCCGCCGCCGGAGCGGGCUAUGCGGCCGGCGUGAAUGCAGCGGGCAUGUCAGCUGGCGGUGGCAAGGCGGCAGCCGGUGCAUUGGCUGGCGCUUUGGCAGCCGGUGCGGCUGCCGGAGCCGGCGGUGCUGGCGGCGGCGGCGGUGGCGGUGGCAGUAAAGGUGCUAAGGUCAAGGGACAGCGCGGCGCCAAGGGUGGUGCGGGCGUUGCUGCCGGUGGUGCAGCAGGCGGUACGGCUGCUGGUGCAGCCGGUCUGGGUCCAGGUGGUGCUGCCUCCGGUGGCGGUGGAGCCGGCGGUGGCGGUGGCGGCGGUGGUGGCGGUGGCAGCGGUGCCACCAAUGCGAAACGCACCAAGGGCAGCAGCAAUGCCGGCGCUGGAGCUGGAGCUGCUGGUGCCAAUGCUGGCGGAGGUGCCGCUGCACGCGGCAGCAGCAAAAAGAAGCCCAGCCAGGUGAUGAACUUCGAUUCCGAGGAGGAGGACACCGCCAAGCCCAUGUCCUACGAUGAAAAGCGACAGCUCUCCCUUGACAUUAACAAAUUGCCAGGCGAUAAACUGGGACGUGUGGUUCAUAUUAUACAAAAUCGGGAGCCAUCGCUGCGCGACUCGAAUCCGGAUGAGAUUGAGAUCGAUUUCGAGACGCUGAAGCCGUCGACGCUGCGCGAGCUAGAAAGCUAUGUGGCGUCGUGUUUGCGCAAAAAAACACGUAAGCCAUAUUAUAAAAAGCCUUCCGGUAAAUCAAAGGACGAGCAAAUGGCCGAAAAGAAACAGGAACUGGAGAAACGGUUACAGGAUGUAACUGGCCAAUUGGGCGCUAGCAAGAAAACAGCCAAGAAAGAUGAGACCACGUCCAGCAAAGUGGAGGCUGUGCAGCCAGCGAAUCCUGUCUCGUCUAGUUCAAGUUCCAGCGAUUCAUCGUCUUCGAGUUCGAGUGAUAGCAGUUCGAGUGACUCGAGCGACAGUGAAGCAGGCGAUGCCGACGAUCGGCCACCACGCAAGAAAAAAUCACGUGAUUCAAAUGGAAGCAAUGUAAAUAACAAUCCCAGCCUGGCUGGCAGCUUGCUCGGCAAUCUGGCGCCGGCGCCGACGGUGCAGCAAAUGCAAUCGGACUUGCAGCGCCAGCUGGAUCAGGUGGAUCAUAUGCUGUCCUCUGUGGGCGCCAACGCGUCAGCUGCACAAAUGACCAACCUCAUGGGCAAUGCCAAUCCAUUGGCCGCAGCGGCCAUGCUGAACAACAACAACAAGACAGCGCCGGGUGGCGGCGGCGGCGGCGGCGGCGGUUAUGCUGGCAAUGUGUUGCAUGCUUCUGGCCAUCAUAAAAACGGACUCGCAACGGGCGUCAACGAAUUGUUGGGCAGCGCUGCUGGCAAAUUGUCCGCUGCGUCUGCUGGUGCUUUGCCGCCGCACGGCUAUGGCGGAGCGGCGGCAGCAGCGGGCGCUGGACAGGCGGGCAGCAUUGGCGGCAUACGCAUUGCCAGCAAUUUGCAUAAGCAGCCCGAGCUGGCCGAUCAUCAUGCGGCGCUGACCGCUGCGCUCGCCUCCACAGGUGCUGCCGGCAACAACAACAACAACAGUAACAACAAUAACACGGGCACACUAGGCAUGGGCGUGGGCGUGGGCGUUAAUGAUGCUUUGUCCAGCGCCUCACUGGCCGCUGGCCUCAAGCAGAUACCCCAAUUCGAUGAUCCCGUGGAACAGUCGCUGGCCUCGCUUGAGUUUAGCGCCAGUUCCACGGGCAAAUCAUCGCUGACGGAAAACUUUUUAAUGGCCCACCAGGCGCAUAUGAUGCAGCAGCAACAGUUCGGAAUGCAGCAACAGCAGCAGCAGCAACAACAACAGCAGCAACAACAGCAGCAGCAGCAACAGCAGCGCAUGGACUACAUGACAGAGCUGCUGUCAAAGAGCGUGGAGAAUGUGGCUGGCAUGAAUGGCAACCAUUUGCUAAACAAUAGCAUAUUCAAUCUGGACAUGGCGACGGCUCCCUAUCAGCAGAAGCAGCAGCAGCAGCCCCACGGGCAACACGGCCAUCAAACGCAACAGCAGCAACAGCAGCAGCAGGCACACAACAAUGGCUACAAUGUGGCCGACUUUAGCGGCAUGCCGGGCUUUGAUAAUCUCAAUAUGGCUUCGGCUGGCCUGCUGGACCAUGUGAUGCCCAUGGCGGCCAUGAUGGGCAGUACGGGUGGCGGCAAGCUUAAAGAUGGUGAUCAGCAACAGUUGCAGCAACAGCAACAACAGCUACAACAGCAAUUGCAACAACAACAGCUGCAGCAGCAGCAGCAGCAGCAGCAACAACAUCAUCAUCAACAGCAACAACAACAUCAUCAUCAACAGCAACAACAACAGCAGCAGCAGCAGCAGCUGGCCCAACAGCAGCAGCAUGGCAAUCAGGCCAACAACAAAAUGCUAAUCAUACCGAAGCCUAUUGAGUCGAUGAUGCCAAGUCCGCCCGACAAACAACAGAUGCAGCUGCAGCAACAGCAGCAGCAUCAAAAGGUGCUGCCGCCGCAGCAAUCGCCCUCCGAUCUAAAGCUGCACGCCGGCAAUACGCACGCUAGCUAUCAGGUGUUCAAGAGCGCUGUCGAGCAGAAUCUGAAGAAUGCCAGCUCGUGGUCGUCGCUGGCAUCGGCCAGUUCGCCGCAGAAUACGGCGACCACGUCGAGCAAGGCCAAGCCGGCGAUGGAUUCGUUUCAGCAAUUCCGCAACAAAGCCAAAGAACGCGAUCGCCUCAAGCUGCUCGAGGCAGCCGAGAAGGAGAAGAAGCACCAAAAGGAGGCUGCCGAAAAGGAGCAGCAGCGCAAGCAUCACAAGUCAUCAUCCUCCUCCUCAUCCUCAUCAGCGGCGGCGGCCUCAUCCGCUGCUGCUGCUGCUGCUUCGGCGGUGGCCGCGACGCAAGCGGCUGCUGCGGCAGCUGUUGCUGCGGCUGCUGCUGCCAAUGCAACGGCUGUUAAUCCAAUUAGUGCCGGCAGCAACAGUAAUAGCAGCAGCAACAACAAUAACAACAAUAACAACAACAAUAACAGCAGCAGCGGCAACAAUAGCGGCAACAAUAGCGGCAACAACAGCAACAACAACAAUGGCGGCAGCAGCAACAACAACAACAACAAUGCUGGCGGUCAGUCUGCGUCGCAGAGCAGCGGCGAACGCGAGCGCGGCAGCAGCGCCACAGAUGCCUCACGCAUCGGCAGCGGCAUUGGCAUCGGCAUCGGCAUCAGCAUUGGCAGCGGCAGCGGCAGCGGCGGCAACAACAGCAGCAAUUCGGCCAACAGCAAUGGACCUGGCAGUGCUGGCAGCGGCAGCGGCGGCGCUCUUGGUGGCGGCGGCGGCAGCGCCAGUGGCGGCGGCAGCGGCAGCGCCAGUGGCGGCCCACUGCUCAAUGCCGGCAGCAACAGCAACAGCGGCGGCGGCGUCGGCGGCGUCCUCGGCAUAGGCAGCGGCAGCGGUGCAGCCAGCAGCAACAGCAACAGCAGCCUGGGCGGCAACAUUGCAACCAGCGGCUCGAACAGCCAAGGCGGCGGCAACAGCGGCAGCACUGGCGGCGGCGGCGGCGGCGGCAGCGGCAGCGGCAGCAGCGUGGGCAUUGGUGGUGGCGGCAUUAUUGGUGGCCCUGCGCCCGGCAAUGGCCACCAGUCGGCCAGCAAUGCCCAGUCGCAACAUGCAACGGCGGCAGCAGCAGCAGCAGCUGCAGCGGCACAAGCGACUGCGGCGGCCAACGCUGCGGUGCUGGCUGCCUCGCCACUGGGCGCCAUGGAAAGCGGACGGAAAAGCGUGCACGAUGCACAGCCGCAAAUAUCACGUAUGGAUGACAUUAAAGCAUCGCCGGGCCAGGGACAGAAUUCGCCGGCACAGCAAUCGCCGCAGGAUCGUGCCGCUGCCAAACGUGCAGAGCAGCGGCGAGCCGAGCAGGAGAGGCGCAGACGCGAGGCGAUGGCCGGCCAAAUUGACAUGAACAUGCAGAGCGAUCUGAUGGCUGCCUUUGAGGAGACGCUGUAGGUAACGGCCGCGACGGCUGCGUCGUCGACAACUAACACCAAAACGAAAAGCAAAAGCAACUCCUCCAAAUCGAGCAGCGCUGCCAGCAGAUCGCACGCGCACAAACGUCGUUCGCAUCACAGAAGGCAGCGUGAAUAAGUUUGGCAGCAGCAGCAGCAGCAGCAGCAGCAGCAGCAGCAGCAACAACAACAUCAAGGAAUGACAUACAACAACGGUAGCAGCAUAACAACACCAACAGUUGCAGCAGCAACAGCAGCACCACCACCACCACCACCACCCAACAACAACAACAGCAACAACAACAACAUUAUCAUCAUCAGCGAGACAUGAGCAACAUUAAUGGUAGCAGCAUACAAAAAAAAAAAAAAAAAUGAAGAAAAUGAAGACAACAAAAAAAAAAAACAAAACAAAAAACAAAACAGCAAUAUUAUAAAAAUACAAUACCAAGAAUGGGGGCGUUGACAACAGCAAGGCUUGGCUGGCUGGCACAGAGCAACAACACCAGCCCCAGCAGCGCAACAAUGAAAGCAACUAAAAGCAACAAUUUUUGAAAUCAAUCACACAAUUCAUAUUGGACGAGCAACAACAAAAGCAACACACAACAACGACAAUGUAACAACAAUUGUUAAAACAUAAGCAAUGUUCGAAGUAAUUAUAAUUACGUUUACAACUACAAUUAACAAACA